GCGCGCAUGCUCAGUGCCGGCCGAGCCGCUGCUGCUGACGGGCCGCUGUUGGCGGCUGGCAGCUGCCCGCUCCGCGCCCAUGGAGGGGAGCCUGGUCCGCGCCUUCGAGGCCCUGAGCCUGCAGCCCCCGGCCCGGGCGCAGCCCCGCAGGCGCCGCUUCCGCAAACGCCUCUACCUGCUGCGCGGCCUGCCCGGCUCCGGGAAAACCACGCGGGCCAGACAACUGAAACGUGAAUUUCCUGGUGCUGUGAUUCUUAGCACUGAUGACUUUUUCUUCAUGGAAGAUGGCACCUAUGUGUUCAGACAUGAUUGUCUAGAAGAAGCACACUUAUGGAACCAAAAGAGAGCACAUAAAGCAAUGAAGAAUGGGAAAUCCCCCGUUAUUAUUGAUAAUACCAACAUCCACGCUUGGGAAAUGAAGCCAUAUGUGAUUAUGGCACGUGAGAAUAACUAUGAAGUUAUAUUCCAAGAACCUGACACACACUGGAAAUUUAAUGUUCGAGAGUUAGCAAGAAGAAACAGUCAUGGUGUCCCGAGAGAAAAGAUACAGCGCAUGAAAGACCAGUAUGAGCAUGAGAUUACCUUUCAUAUCGUGCUUCACUCUGAAAAACCAAGCAGAGAUGGCAGAAAUUCCAGUGGACCCAAUGCCGCUCACAACACUGGGGCUUAUUCCAAUAUGUGUCCAACAUUCCCAAACAGAAGAACACACAGCCGCUACACAAAUGAAAGAUCAUUUAAUAGAGGUGGAUUCCAGAAUGUAUUUUAGUAUUUCAUUAGGGUAUAAAAGACUAAAAAAAUUUAACCUUUUACUCUCAAUUUUUGUAUUUUUCUACUAAAUCUAAAUCAGGAGUUAUUUCUGUUAAUUUACAAGUCUUAAAAUAUUACUGUAAUGUUGUUUUGUCAAUUACCCAAUCUGAGAUCACUGAAACCAAUAUAAACUACACACCAUCUCUGUCCCAGUACACCCAGUAUUUGCCAAUUUUCCUUGUUCAGUCAUGUCUUAACCUUCAAUUAUAAAUUUUGCAGGGUAGGGAUGUGGUUUGUCUCUUGCCUGCAAACGGUCAUGAACAUUUCUGGUGCAGUGUAAUUAUUUCUUCCUGUCUUCCAGGCACAUUCUCUCUCCUUCUCCCCUCAUAUGCAGUCUCUCACCAACGCCAAUCAUUUCUUUCUCCUUAAUAGUUCCAAAAUCCACCCUUUCUUCAUGGUCACUGUUGCCAAGACACUUGUCCACGUUGUAGUCUUUUUUAGCUUCUCUACUUUCUCCUGCCUGGCCUCAGUGCUUCUCAUCAAUUCCCACCUCAGCUUGACCAGUGUAAACUUUCAAUUCUUCCAUUGGUUUCCUGUCUUCUUACAGGAAAUUCACCUUACAAGACAAGCAGAAGAAAUCUAAAAAACUUUGUAAGUAUUUGAAUGUAUGGAAGUUCUCUCUGUCUAAACCAUGUCAAAUAAAAAGAUAAAAUUGGA